GAAAAAUUGAUAAGAAGACACAAGCAAGGUAGAUUUCGGCCAUGCCGCAAUUCGUCCGGUCCGAUGACGGUGCAAAGAUGCCAAGCAUGGCGGGAAGGGCAGGACGGGAUUUGCGAUGUUGUAGCACGACCUUGAAAAUCUUGGUGGUUCUACUGGUGCCUGUGGUCUUUGUCCGCUUCCUUUUCCUGGACGUUUGGGGCAGUCUCAACGAUGCCGCCGUGCCCAUCUUGGGACUGUUCCUUCUUCGUGGUGAGGAUGAAUGUUUCUUUGCAUGCUACGAGCGCUUGAGUAAAAUCUGGCUCUUCAAUGAAUGCUGCGGCAUUCAGAAGGAUGUGUCUUUUGUGAGUGCUUUGACAGUUUUCAUCCUUAUAUCAGUGGUGAGUGGACUGAAUGAUCUCUACUUGCUCUAUUUGGGUGAUGAGAGUGUGAUGAAGUGGCCAGCCUUGGUCGCUGGCAAUGGUCUGGCGGACUUUCUGUGUGCAGCUUUGGCCGUGCAUAUGUGGCGCGUCUUACAUGGCAUGGCCCAAUUUCAGAAUCAAGCUCCAGCCACAGUGGUGUCAUUUGCAGGUGCCGCCAGCCCUGGCGUGCAGAGCAAAAAAACCUCUAGAGCUCCAAGCAAAGAGUUGCAGAUUGACCAUGAGGGUCCCUUAGUGUCCCCGGCGAAGCGAUCAGAACAGCCCAGAGGUUCAUCUGCAGCUCUCAUCCGCCACCUCACAGUACCAGUGGAUGAUGAACGAGCACAUUCGCGUGAGAACUCCGCGGAGCGGGGAGCCAGUUCCUUGCGCGUCCCCCGUGAGCGGCGCCGGCAUCGCUCCUGGAUGCUGGGCAACCUGUUCACCCGGAGUCCGCAACAUGAGCAUCGGGCCAGCUCGCAGCCACCGGCGGCCGGGAGGACAGAUCGAAAAUGACAUCCAUCGCCCAGAUUCGAGCUCAGUGCGCUAACCCAUCAAACACCCAGCGGUGGGCUUUGCAAAAA